AUGUCGAAAGCUGCAUCCAGAUUAAGUACAUUGAAGAAAGUUGUUGAAAAAGUAAAACAUGGGAAACUGAAAACUAAUAUACCUGCUGGAAUGGCUGCUGCAGGUCCCCCAUUGGGGCCCAUGUUAGGUCAAAGAGGAAUAAAUAUAGCAGCAUUUUGUAAGGAUUUCAAUGAACGAACAAAAGACAUCAAGGAAGGAAUUCCACUACCAACCAGGGUCAACGUCAAUCCUGACCGGAGUUAUGAAAUUGUUAUACACAAACCCCCAGUUGUAUAUUUUUUGAAACAAGCUGCUGGUAUACAAAGAGCAGCCAUGGAACCAGGAAAAGAGACCUCUGGAAAAGUUACUUUGAAACACAUAUAUGAGAUAGCCCAAAUAAAACAGACAGAUCCAACUUUGGAGGUAAAAACAUUGGAAGAAUUAUGCAAAAUGAUUGUAGGAGUUGCCAAGUCAUGUGGAAUUGAAGUUGUGAAUGAUUUAGACCCACAGGAGUAUGGUCAGUUUUUGAUAGAAAGGAAGGAAAUAGAAGAGAGGCAGAAAAAAGAACUACAAGAAAAGAAAGAAGCAAAAAUGUUAAGAACUGGAUGA